AUGCCAGACUGGUCAACAGUCACGGCCACAGGAACGAAUCCAUGCACAGACGAGAUUUUAUUUGGUCAUGUCCGGUAUCUGGAACAAACCGUAGCGGAGCGUCUUUUCGAGCAUGGGAAGCACAUUUUCGUGAAAUCUGAAAACGAUAAUGAAUGUGUAGCCAGAAUAGAGCUUUGUUGUAAAGGGCGACUGAUGAUCAAUUAUUUAACCACGGAUGAAAGAGAUAAAAGAGAAGACUGUGACGGUGAAAUAGCCAUCAUUGAUGUAGUAGCUAAUGCGAAGGAAGUGGAGCGCUCUAUAAAAAGGGUCCUCGCUGAAGAAAAGGAUAAACGACGAAAAUGGGAUUUUUUGGAUGUUGAGCCAAUUUCCAAAUAUAGAGAUGUUCUUGACUGCCGACUGAAUGACUUGAUCAAGGAGAAUCAGUACUUUGAAAUCCAAGAUGCUGCAGAACCUCGAUGCGUAUUCUGCUGUAGAGUGUUGGCAAACUACGGCGGGAUAGUUGUUUACGAAGCUCUCGAUUACGUCAUGACCAUCAACAUAACUGAUCCACGGUGUCACGCUAUGGGAUGGGCUUCUCGACAUCAGGACGACUCGGUCGCGUACUGCCCAGGAAAGUAUAGCGCGGAGGCGAUAAAGAAGUUCACCGAGAACGCUAUCCCCGAAAUAGUUUUCAAGAGGGUAGAAUUGAAAGAACACUUCUUCAAGAUUGGAUCACUCGUAGAAGUGCAGGAUGCUGAACAGCGGGCAGUAAUUUAUCCUGGUCAUGUCACUGAAAUCAUCAAUAGCCGCUUUGUUAGAAUAGUUUCUUCUUCUUUUGGCUCUGAGGACACUAGAGAGAUUGUCGCUUAUCGAGGAUCUCCUGGUGUUUUUCCACAAGGAUUUUGUGCCUCCAUCGGUUACCAGCUGUCUAUUCCGCGCAGUUCAGCCCUGUCAAAGGGGAGAGCACCUGAAGAAGGUUGGAGCUGGAAGACGUAUGCUGCUCACUGGGGAAUUCCUGGGGUAAUGGAGAAUGUUGAAAGCUUUUUUAUAUUUUAUGUUGCUUUGCAUUUCAAGAUAUCAACAAGUGAGGUGAAUUUCGAACCACUGGUCAGCAGAGAUAUGAAGAUCACCCCUAUGAGACACGUUGAGGUGUUUUGUUACCGUCAAGGAGUGAUGUAUGCUGCACUUAUUCAUCGUGCAGUGCGUAAUCUCGUUCUUAUAGAGCUGAGUUGUGAUACCACACCUAAUCCUCCAUUAAUGUUUCCAAUCGGAAGUGCGUCCAUCUUCCCAUGUGGUUUCGCCUCCAAGCAUGAUAUCCCUUUCGUUGCAGAAGCACCAUUUUUGUCACUUCCUUCUUUGAGAAGUGAAGGUGUCCGCUUUGACAUCCUCAAGAACGAAUAUUCAUCCAAACCGGGUAAUAUAUUCCAGGAGAGGAAAUCAACUGAUAAAACAUUUGUGCCUGAAUAUUGGUUGAAAAGUGAUGUUUGGUUGCCUCGUAUUUAUGUACAUCCUUCGUGUCGGUUAGGACCGUGGUUCGUCCGAUCGCAGGUCGCUGCACUCGCGCGAUACUACGAAGCUGGCCCCUUAUUGCAUGUUUUCAAAGUGCUCAUAGCGGUGAGUCACUUUUGA